AUGCAGAGGUCUCUCGCGCUGUCUUCUCUCAAAGCGCGCGCGUUUCGAGAUUCAAUUCAAGUGCGGAGAGAAGAGGACGGACUUUUCCCCAAAGAUAUGUUGCGAACGCGAACGAAGAGCAACACCAACGACGACACCAUCAGAGGAGGAGAAUCAGGAUCAGCACUCAGAGGAAGUAAAGGCAAACACCACUCGCAACGGAAGAAGAAACACAUCCUGAACCUUUGCAUCGGAUUCGCGAUCGUAUUCAUCCUCGGCGCGUUCUUCUCUCUGUUCGUGUACGACAUCGAGGAUUUGGAGGAAGCGUCGGCCGUUUCGUUUCGAGACGACGGAAAAGGGACGUUGAACGACGAGAGGAAGAAGAAGAAGAGAAGGAGAAACCACGAGGAAAAGGAAAAGGAAACAGAGGAGGCGCAUUCGACGAGGCGUCGUGGGAGUCAAUUAGGGAGCGCUGUAACACCAAAUGCGCGAUUCGAUGAUGUGCGUUCGAGUUUCGCGCAGUCUUUCGCCGCGCUCUCGAAAGGAGGAAACGGAGGAUCGUUUCCGUACCGGUUCAAAGUGUUCGUGUACGAAGACGUUCCGGAAGCGCUCAACGCGGAUUUACGAACGAAACGAAGCGAUAAGUGUAAAGAUAACGGGUACGCGAACGCGGAGUGGAAGAUACCGGAGCUGAUUGCGAAGAGCGAGGUGUACACGCCAGACCCGGAAUUGGCGGAUUUUUACGUCGUGCCUUUGUUUCCCGAGUGUUACGUGAGAGAUAAGUUGGAAAAAGGAGGGGCGGAUUACGUCACCGCGGUGAGGAAGGUGAAUAAGAUGUACCAGGCGGCGAUCGAUAGGAUCGCGGGGAAUUAUCCGUAUUGGAGGAGGAGCGAAGGGAGGGAUCACGUGUUUAUUUUUCCCGCGGAGAAAGGCGCGGAAAACGUGUUGAACGAGAAAACUUUGGAGAGGAUCGGGAAGGCGAUAAAGAUUGUCGGCGUGCCGACUUUUAAAUCGUCGCUGUCAUCGAGUGGCGGCGAGGAUAGCGAUGGUGAUGGUAGCAAUAGAGUUGAUAGUAAUAGCGAAAGCCUAGAGGAGGAAGAGAAAGAAGAAGAGGAGAACAACAGCGCUAAAGCUAUGGCGACGCGUCGCGCUCGCUACGCGUUCUCGCCGUUUAGGGAUAUUAUCGUACCUCCCGUUCGAGAUUCCAGAGACGAAGCCUACGCUCUGGUGAAAGCGGAAAUGGAGAACGUCUUUAGCGCGAGGAGAAAAAUACGAAUGCAUUUUCGAGGGAAAGUUGUCAGCGAAGAUGACGAGUUCUUCGGCGCGGGUGGUAGCGGUAGUAGUAGCGAGAGCGGCGGAAGCGACACCAAAACUGACUCUUCGACCGAUGGUAGAAGGAAAAGUUCAUCUUCCUCCUCCUUCAACGUGAGAAGACGCGCGUACGAACAACUCAAAGGUUUAAAAGGCGUCAACGUCGUCAUCGACGAGAGCAAUACUGCCGGUUCUUUCGAAGUUACCGGCGGCAUAGAAACCGACAAAGGAAGGAAGAACGCGACGUUCUCUUCCUCCUCCUCGUGCGAUCGCAAGUGCGUCCUCCGCGAAAUGCGCAACUCGGAAACGUGCUUAAUCACUCCUCACGGCGGCCUCGAAGGAUGGUCCACCGCUCUCUCCGACGCUAUUCUUUCUGGAUGCGUUCCACUCAUCGUCCACGACGACUUCGAACCGUACUUCUCCGACGUCCUCGAUUGGGAAAAUUUCUCCUACAAAAUCCCGACCCGCGAAGCUCUCCGAAACGCCAAAGACGCUUUACUCCACGAAAAAAGCAAAGCUUCCUCCAUCACGCGCUCGAAACGAGAAAACGAUUUAAAAAUCGCCGCGCGGGCUUCCGUUUGGAACGACAAGUGGCAAAGCGGCGACGCUUUGGAUGCCUUAUUCGAAAGUUUACGCCGACGGGUUCGGUAUCAUCGAAACUCGCCGUUUCGAUUUUACGCCGAAGCCGAUCGAAACGGUUGA